AUGAUUGGGCAGCUGGAGGACAUCUAUAAGGAGGACUAUCUUCGGCUGAACAUACCUCUUCGAGAUAUGCCUAGCGCCAUCGAUACAGUCGAGGUGAUGGAGGAAUACCGGAACCUUGUUACCAUCUCCCCGGGAAGCGCUCGGAUGGCGAGAGAGGCGGCGACGGCGUUACUUGUGUCCCGAUUCUAUUUUGUCCUUGAAACUUUACCGGAAGAUACUGUCACACCGUUUUGGUGCUAUGGGACCAUACGGUGCAAGGGUCGUGCGAAGCAGGUGGUCGAUACAUUGGGGCAUCUCCACCCUCAAGGCCUAGAUUAUUUAACUGACUCUGAAACCAUAGGGCCACUAAAGGGACUAAGUGAACUCUGUUCGGCUUGUGGACGAUACUGCCGGCCGGUAUCAUUCCUUGUCGCCCAUCCAGAUAAGGUCGUCAAUAUUUACCUAAAGACACCCACAAAAAAGAGAUGGAGAAUAAGCGGCUUUCCUGAGAGUAUGGCAUCAUUCACUGGAUGCCAGCAGUUGUAUGCGCCAUUUGGCCGUCGUGAUCAUGGUCGGUUGGGCUCCUCUCCAUGUAGCAGUUGUGAUGGACGGGGGAGACCCACUCACGGGAUGAGGCGGAAACUUAGGUGCGUGGGGCGAACGUAG